AGUCUCACUGGAAAGGGUGGGCUUAGCUCUGUUUAUAUAACUUAGGCUAACUUGGACUCGAAACAACUCCAGCCUUUGGUGUACUCUUGUUUUCUGGAGAGUGAGCUAAAAAUAAAAAAGAAAGAGAGAAAAGAUGAAGACUGAAAUUCUAUCAGCUUUAUUUGUUCUCGUUUGCUUGAACGUAUUUUCUCCGUUACACUGUGAGCCAAAGGGACCAAUUCCUGAAGGAAAUCUCCUUGUAUUAACUGUAGCUACAAAAGAAACCGAUGGAUUUAAGCGGUUUAUGAGAUCUGCACGUCACUUCAACUACACAGUUAAGGUUCUUGGGAGGGGUGAGAAAUGGACAGGUGGGGAUUACAUGUCUGCACCUGGAGGAGGACAGAAAGUACGACUUUUGAAGUCUGCCCUGGACAGCAUAAAGGAGGAGGAUAAAAUCAUCCUUUUUGUAGAUAGCUAUGAUGUGAUCUUCUCCUCGGGCCCAAAAGAACUCCUGAAGAAGUUCCAGCAGACGAAGCACAAGGUGUUAUUCUCUUCUGAGACCCUCAUCUGGCCAGAUCGUCAUCUAGAAGACAAGUACCCGCAUGUCAGAGAAGGGAAGAGGUUUCUCGGCGCAGGAGGUUUCAUCGGCUAUGCCCCUAACCUUAAAGAGAUGGUCUCUGAUUGGUCAGGGAAAGAUGAUGACAGUGACCAGCUCUUUUUUACCAAAAUAUAUAUCAAUCCUGAGAAGCGGAAAUCGAUCAAUAUAACUCUUGACAGCAAAUGCAGGUUGUUCCAGAACCUGGAUGGAGCUCUAGAUGAAGUUGUAUUAAAGUUUGAGAACGGAAGAGUGCGGGCCAGAAAUGUGCUCUAUGACACCCUCCCAGUUAUUGUCCAUGGAAAUGGGCCUACAAAGCUUCAGAUAAAUUACCUCGGCAACUACAUCCCGAAAGUCUGGACCUUUGAGACUGGCUGUUCGGUUUGCAAUGAAGACUUGAGGCCUCUCUCAGGACUCAAGGAGAGCGAGUAUCCAGGAGUCGUCAUCGGCAUCUUCAUUGAGCAGCCCACUCCCUUCUUAACAGUCUUCUUUGAGCGCCUUUUCCAUCUCAAGUAUCCCAAAAACCGUUUAAAACUCUUCAUUUACAACCAGGAGCCCCACCAUGACAAGCACGUCCACGCAUUUCUACAGAAUCACGAGGCCGAGUAUCAAGCUGUGAAGAUGAUUGGGCCUGAUGAGGGUGUUGACCAUAUAACCUCACGCAAUAUAGGCUUCGAUAUGUGUCGAGACGACCCUGACUGCGAGUACUUCUUCAGUAUGGAGGCAGAUGUGGUUUUAAAAAACGAAGAUGCGCUUAAGAUACUAAUCGAGCUAAACAAGCCAUUCAUAGCACCAAUGAUGAGCAAGCCUGGUCGUCUGUGGUCUAAUUUCUGGGGAGCUCUUAGUGCUGAUGGCUACUACGCCAGGUCUGAAGAUUAUGUGGACAUUGUUCAGGGACGCAGAGUAGGUAUCUGGAACGUUCCAUAUGUGUCUCAGAUCUAUCUGUUGAGAGCGGACAUACUGCGGAACGAGCUGAAGGCUCCUGAUCUCUUCCAGUCCGCGACCCUCGACCCAGAUAUGGCUUUCUGCUCCCGAGUGCGGGAUCAGGGAGUCUUCAUGUUCGUAACAAAUAUGCAUACUUAUGGCCGAAUCCUGUAUACAGAAAACUACCAGACGGAUCACCUUCACAACGAUCUUUGGCAGAUCUUUGAUAACCCUGUGGAUUGGGAAGAGCGAUACAUUCAUCCAAACUACUCACAAAUUAUGAAAGGCAAUAUAGUGGAGACUCCAUGCCCUGAUGUAUACUGGUUUCCUGUUUUCUCCCAAGUGGCCUGUGACCACCUAGUUGAAGAAAUGGAAAAUUAUGGGAAGUGGUCAGGAGGUGGCAAUGUGGACACUCGGAUCCAGGGUGGCUACGAGAACGUCCCUACUAUCGAUAUUCACAUGAAUCAGGUCAAUUUUGAUAAAGAGUGGCACAAGUUCCUCUUGGAAUAUAUUGCACCAGUGACAGAGAAAAUGUUUCCUGGGUAUUACACAAAGUGUACCUCCUACCUGAACUUUGUAGUGAGGUACAAGCCUGAUGAGCAGCCCCUGCUCACCCCACAUCAUGAUGCUUCUACUUUUACUAUUAACAUAGCUCUCAACAGCAAAGGCAUUGAUUAUCAGGCUCAGUUUGACUUGGCGUUUGUAGUUAGGUAUAAACCUGAUGAACAGCCCUCGUUAAAGCCUCAUCAUGACGCCUCCACUUUUACUGUAAACAUUGCCCUCAAUCAAGUGGGGAUUGACUUUCAGGGCGGCGGCUGCCGGUUCCUCAGAUACGACUGCUCUAUACAGGCUCCGAGGAAAGGAUGGGCCCUUAUGCACCCAGGCCGUUUAACACACUACCACGAAGGCCUGCCCACCACAGGGGGGGUUCGAUACAUCGCUGUGUCAUUUGUGGACCCUUAAAUUAAAACGUUUCAAGAAAUCCAGUACUAUUAGAAAGACAAUCGAUUUAUCGGCACGUUAAAAAUCAUGACAACUGUUGGAGUAUAUACAUAAUAAUGUACUAACACAUUGAACUCAGUGUACUUUCAAUACAAAUGAGGCCUGUUUUUUUUUUUUUUUUUUUAUUUAUUGUUUUUUUUUUUUUUUAAAGCAGUUAUUUGUUUGAGUGAUUUGGUCUCUAGCAACUGAUUUAUACACUCGUUUUUGUACUUGAUACUCAUUUUCCAGGCAAGCGGUGCUACUGUUCAGAAAUGGCUGAUGUAUGAAUAAUGUUUUUUUUUUUUUUCUUUUCAUUGCUUUUUUCCUUGUCAUUUUUUUAAAUUUACACAUCAAUAAAAGUGACUGUUUUCUUUA